AAUGUUGCUCACGGAACCGGAAAAAAACACAGACACGAUGUAUCCGCCUGAUGAUGCUAAUGCUAAUGCUAACCUGGACCAGAAGGUUGUGCAGUAUGAAAACUUCAUAAAUGAAGUUCUGAGGAGAGACUUACAGAAGGUGUUGGAGCAGAGAGAUUCAGUCUAUGAAAAGAUUUCUCACUACCUCCAGUUGAAGAACUCUAUCCAGAGUCUGCAGCAUUCCGGUUCUCAGCUGAAGACUGAUGUUGAUCUCGGCUGUAACUUCUUCGUCCAGGCUGAAGUGGAGGACUCGUCCAGGAUCUUUGUGGCGGUCGGUUUCGGUUUCUUUGUGGAGAUGACCCAUGACGAGGCUCUGCGAUUUAUUGAGAAGAAGACGAGUCAGCUCACUGCCUUCACAGAGCAGCUCACCAAAGACUCUGCUAAGAUCAAAGCCAACAUCCGCAUGGUGAUCGAGGGUCUGAGGGAGCUGCAGGGAUUGACAGACAUUCUCUAAACCCAUCCUUCAGGACGUGUUCACCAUGGCGAUGUGAUACUGUGGUCUGUGACAGAAUCUCAGAAGGACCAAGAGUCUGCAUGGGGAGAGUCUGAGUCACAAAUCAUUAUUGUGAUCAGAGACUUUUUCCUUUGAUGAAUGUGAUUCUGGGUGGAAGUAUCCGUGGACCUUGGAUGUUUUUUUUUUUUUAAUUAUUGUUUAGUAUUAUUAAUAAUAUUCACUCUGUUGAUGGUUUGAUAACAAGAAAAUAUAGCUAUAAAUGAGAUGUUGAAUUCAGAUGUUUUGGCAACAACUCAGAGCCUGUUACCUUGGAAACUGAUGCUGAAAAAAAUGAUUGAAGCAGCUGAGCGAUGACUGGAAAUAGACUCACACAUGUAGGUAUUUGUGUGUGUAUAUAUAUACAUAUAUUUAUAUUUCUGAGAGGGAGAAAUAUGAGUCAUAUUAAACACUCUAAAUA